UUUUAAAUUAAAUCGCACUCCGUUAUUUGUCGCACGAUACCUAGUUGGAAUAAAUUAUCGUGUAAAGACCAUACUUUCAGAUAUUAAGUCAAAUGAUGGUCAUAUAAUAGGUAUUUAUGGCCCUGGUGGAAUAGGUAAGACAACAAUUGCAAAAGCCAUUUUUAAUAGAAUUUGUGAUCAUUUUGAUGGAUUUUGUUAUCUAGAAAAUUUAAGAGAAAGAUCGGAGACAAAUGCUAGUGUAAUCGAACUACAAGAGACACUUCUUCUUGAGAUCUUAAGAGACAGAAAUUUAAAGGUGGGUAACAAAUCUAGAGGAGUCAAUAUGAUAAAGGAAAGACUUUCAUCUAUGAGGAUCCUUUUAGUUCUUGAUGAUGUUGAUAAAUGGGUCCAAAUAGAAAAUUUGCUUGGAAGAUGUGAUCAGUUUGCUUCUGGAAGCAAAAUCAUUAUAACAACAAGAGACAAACACUUAUUAGCUACUCUUGGAAAAUGUUGUUCAACCUACGAGGUUAAGGGAUUAAAUCAAGAUGAAGCUUUGGAACUCCUUAGUAUGCAUGCCUUCCAAAGCAACAAACCUAAAGAAGAUUAUUUGGAACUUGCAAAUAGAGUUAUACAUUAUGCCAGGGGACUUCCACUAGCUCUAGUAAUAAUGGGUGCUGAUUUGAAUGGAAGAACUAAACCUCAGUGGAGAAGUGCAAUAGAUAAGUAUGAAAAAAUUCCUAAUGAAGAAAUUCAAAAAAUUCUUGAAAUAAGCUAUGAAGGAUUGGAUGAAACUGAAAAAGAUAUUUUCCUUGAUAUCGCAUGCUUCUUUAAGGGAUUUUUUAAGGAGUAUGUCAUGGAUAUAUUGAAUGCUUGCGAUUUACAUCCAAUUUAUGGAAUUCAAAAACUUUUCGAUAAGUGCCUAAUAACUGUUGAUCGAUAUGAUAGAUUGUUGAUGCAUGACUUGCUCCAACAAAUGGGUAGGGACAUUAUUCAACGGGAAUCGCCACGAAUGCUUGGAGAGCGUAGUAGGCUAUGGUGUUAUGAGGAUGUUCAUAAAGUACUAACACAAAAUAUGGGAUCGGAAAAAAUUCGAGGCAUAAGGAUAUGCUCACCUGAACCAUCAAAGAUGAAAUUAGAACUUGAAUGUCUUGAAAAGAUGAAAAAUCUCAAGUUUCUCAUAGUUAGUAAUGUGGCUAUUUGUAGAGGUCUCAAAUAUCUUCCUAAUGAAUUAAGGGUUCUUGAUUGGUCUGGAUUUCCUUUAUCUUCCUUACCAUCCAAUUUUGAUCCUCAAAAACUCAUUGCACUCAACAUGCCAAAAAGUCGGGUUACAUUGGACAAGCUUUUCAAGAAGAUACAAUGCAAAAACUUGACAUAUAUGAAUUUCAAUUCCAAUCAAUACAUUAGGAAAUUACCUGACUUAUCGAGUGCCACCCCAAACGUAAAGAAAUUGGAUCUCCGUGGUUGUGAAAAAUUAGUCAAGGUUCAUGACUCUAUUGGAUAUCUUGAUAAGCUUGAAAGCUGGGACCUCUGGGGAUGCCAUGAACUUCAAACUCUUCCAAGUUGUAUCGCGAUGAAAUCUCUUAAAUUUUUAAAUCUUUUUGCAUGCAAAAGGGUUAAGAGGUUCCCUGAUAUUCCUCAAGAAAUGGAAAAUUUAAAGUUUCUAAGUCUGGGAGGCACAGCCAUUAGAGAGAUUCCUCCAUCAAUUGGGAAUCUCACUGGGCUUGAGCGAUUAGAGAUAGGUUCCGAUUUCUAUUCAUGUCAUCUUCCAAGUAGCAUUUAUAAAUUGCAACAUCUUCGCAAACUCUUGCUUCUUGGUAAUGUCAAAUUUCCAAAGGACGUGGGGAUUGGUAGACAAGCAGCAGCGUGCAAUUCUUACGGUGGCUUUUCAAAAUAUUGUUUUCCAAAGUUGAAUUUUCUAAAAAAGUUGACUUCUUGCUUCACCCACUCAGAGAAAUGUUUAUUAUCAGGGAGUAAAGAUUUGAACCUCAGAGAAAGCAUUAUCAAAUUCAAUAGAUUAGAUAGGCUUCUAAUUUAUGAUUCCAAGUUCCUUAAGAAAAUUCCAAGGCUUCCAGAAGGUAUAAGAACUGUAGAUGCAACAAACUGCAUCUCGUUGAAUUCAGAAUCAUUAAGAAAAUUAUUCCUUCAGUUUGGAAGAAUUUUAGGGCUUUCACCAAAUAUGAAAUGUUCAGGUGUGAAACACAAAGUAUUAAUGGAUUCCCAUUCACAUCGUAAUUUAUCGAAUCAGAUUGAUUGCUCUUCCCAGGUCUCCCUCUCCAAGUUCAACGCAAUUAAAAAUGAGUCCUAUCCCACUUUAGAUGCGUAUCUGGUUGAUUAUGGAGAGAGAUAUGAUAUUAGAGUACCAGGAAAGAAGAUUCCGAAUUGGUUCAAUCAUCAAAGCAUUGAAAGUUCCAUAUCAUUCUGGGUUGGUCCUGAGUUUCCAUCAAUUGCUGUUUGUGUUGCUUUUCAUCUAAUUCCGUUGAAGGACAGUUAUGCAAAUAAUGAUAAGUACGGUUUUGUUCGUGAUGAUAUAAUCGAUGGUGUUUAUGAUAUCCACAUUUCUACCGAUAGUCGUAAGCGACGUCUCAUGACUUCGGGGGGUUUUUCUUUCAAGUGUGAUCAUCUGUGGUUUUACGGUGAACAUCACAGCCAAUUACAGAGGAAUUUCGGAGACUUGAUGCAAGGUGAUCGGAAUCAUGUUGAGAUUUCAUGUAAAAUCUCUCAUUGGGCAAGUACAAACGGAAACUACGCUCCUGUGAUUGCAAGGAUGGGAGUACAUGUGGAAUGCAUAUGUCCUCCUCAGAAUUCCGAUAUCAUCCAAUGCAAUUCUCAAAAUGUUGAUGACGACACAGAGCUGCACGCACCUUUACUAUCUCAAAAUGGUUCACAAACGGACUCAGAUGCAGGAGACCCUUCAAGCUCCUCUAGUCCCUGACGACAUAUGAUUCAAGGCGUCCAAUGGAUAUAGCAAAUGGGCUUGACUUAUGUUUGGGUAUUGACUCAGCAGAUGGUAAUGGGUUUGAUUUGGGUUCUUCUUCAAUAGCCAAUCCCUUUGUAAAAAGAUGACUCCAUUUUCAAUCUAUAUCCACUGUCAAAGAAACCGAGUCCGAUGCGAAGAAAUAUGCCCGGGUUGUACAAUACCAAGUGGCCAAAUCGGACUACUUUUUCAUAUAAUCAAUCAGCUGUAACACAAUGUCAACCUCCUCUAGCCUCUCACGAAACUGGGCACCUCUAUCUUUGCCAAUUGAUUCAAGGCUUCAAUUAGAUGUGACAAAUGGGUCUAACUUGGGUUUGGGAUCUGACUCAAUUGUCGGAGAUGGGUUUGAUUUAGCUUCCUCUUCAAUGGCCUAUUCCUCUGUAAACUGUGAUUCAGACUUCAAUCCAUAUCCACAGUUGAAAAAGAUCCUCGUGAUCAAAUUCCUAGAAAACAUGACAAGAUAUCAUUACAGGGCAAGAUGGACUUCAGCUUAUGUCUCCACUCUGCACUGUGAAAUUCUCAGUUCUUGUGAACAGAUCCCCAACUGGCAUUUUCAGCAUUACAGGUUAUUCACAUUUCUCUAUGGACCUAUCAUCAUUUUGUGGGGAUGUACAACUGAGCUAAGCUAUCUUAGUUGUCUGCUUCUUUGCUUUGAGGCUCCCAUAUGAAAAAUGAAAAUGGGUUUUAGUGACUUCGUUUUGGUGAGAGAGUACUGGGUGGUCUUCAAGGCUAUAAGUGCAUAUUUCAACAGUGAAGACCCAGAUCUGAUGAUUGAUUUAUAGAUGGAGGUCAUGUGAAAACUACACUAGCAAGUAUAAAAUACAGGUCAAGUUGUUUGGACAUAAAAUUGGAGAUCAUCAGUGGUUUCCUUCAGAUGGGGAUUGAUGAUAUUUGGGGAUAUGCUAUGUACAUCAGCGGAGUUCAAAAAUAUUAUCCGAGGAAAAACAAAACUCUGCAACUUCAUAAUCCUUGGCAUGUUCUCAAAAAGUUCAGAGAACCAUCGAGUAAGAGAUACAAGUAUUGGAGGAGAAGCCAUGCGUAGUCAAAAGACUCAAAACAUAGGUACUCAAGUACUUUGGAAACAAGUCAAGCUUGGCAACCUCAAGACAAAGACCGGAGAGGCCUAUUAGGCUAUGCACAACUAUUGAUAAAAAAAAAAAAAA